GCGGGAUCGUAUUUCGAUCCAAUAUCGAUGGAAGCUUUCCUUCUCUACGGUCAGCUUCGAAUAAAAUCCAGAAGCGCGUAAAAACGCGCGUGGUAACUCAGUACAAAAACCAGCAACUCACUCACUCGGCUCAACUCAGCUCAGCUAAGCAGACCUGUAACAGACCUUCACUCGCCUCCCUGAUCCGAAACCCUAGAAUCUUCGAUUGGAUCCCUCACUCUAGACCCCCCAUCAAUCGAAAAUGCCAUACCCACAAUCUGGUUCGGGGGCCGGUGACGCCAAGGACAACAUGCUGGCCAAGGCCGCCGGCUUCGUUGUCUUCUCCGGCAUCGCGCUGAGUAUAAUCAAAUCCAUAAACCCUUUAAACAGAAGAAAAAUUGAAACUCAGCAGCCACUCACUGAGCCAACUCAGCCGAUUCAGACUCCACCCCAGCCUUUCACUCUCAUUCCCAAAAAGACAAUGCCUGUCAUGAAGAAACCAGUUACCUUUGUGGAACAAAAUGUGUCAAAGACAUCAGAAUCCUCACAGAGAAGCAUAGAGGUCGCCAAAGGGGACACUCUCUGGGGGCUCUCUCAAAAAUAUGGGGUAUCCAUUGAUGAGAUUAAAGAAGCUAAUGGAAUUACAGGAACUACCAUUUACGCCGGCAAGAAGCUCAUCAUUCCAUGAUGAUAUGUGCACACAUAUCGGUUUUGUGUUGGGUUUCAAGAUUUACCAAGAUUUUCUUUUUCCUUUUUUCGAGUACACUUAAAUAAUUUCUGGCACAACAGUUUUUUUUCCUUUAGUUUGAGUGUAGUUUUAUUUCAUUAAUGAAAGUACUAAAUUUAUAAUUAUGUAAAUUAAUAAUUUUAUUCUAGAUUAUAAAACAUUUAUAAAAAUUAUAUCCAUUCAACAAUAAUUUUAUUAUGAAAGUAUAAAAAACUAUUUAUUGU